AUGGAGAAGAGGAUGAAGCUGUCCUUCUCCAUCCCCUCAAAGGCCAGGUCGUCCACCAACCCCGUGGCCGCCGGCGGCUUCCGUCCCGACGACAACGUGGGUGACUCCACCCCAGCCCCUCUGUUCAUCACCGUGUUCGAAACCUCGCAAACCCUAACCCCUGACGUGAAGCCUGCCGUCCUCCCGUGCCUUUCCAACUCCGGCCGCUUACUCCACCCCCGAUCCGGCGAGCCGACAAACGCCUCCACCGGCGCUGGCAGCACCAACGCCGUUCUCGACACCUCGAAGGCGCCCGAUAGAACCUCCUCCUCCCACACAUCUUAUGGCCUCAUCACCCGCAAUAUUGCCCCUGAUGUGAAGCCUGCCGUCAUCCCGCCCCUCCCCAACUCCGGCCGCUCAACCCCAGAUCCGCCGCCCGACAAUCCCUCCUCCUCCCGCACAUCCUAUGGUCUCAUUGUCCGCAACAAAGCUGCCCCAGAGUCGGCUGAUGCUGCCGGGGAACCAGUGACUUGUCCAGUGGCUGCCGAUGGCCACAGCACCGCCAGCGGCGACCUGAUGCUGCGGCGGUACAAAGAGGACAUGGCCGUCCUCCCCGACCAACCUGGUGUAGAAGAGUAUGAUGAGGUACCCGUGGAAGGAUUUGGUGCUGCCAUUCUUGCUGGCUACGGCUGGAAGGAAGGCGAUGCAAUUGGAAGGAACUGUACCAAGAAAGAGGCAAAGAUUGUCCAGUAUGACCACCGCACCGGCCCACAAGGUUUAGGAUUCGAUCCCUCUAAGAAGAGAGACAUGGAGAGGAGAGAUCAAAUGCAGAAGUUUCCCAACGCUCGAGCUAGCCGACAAUCCAGUACCGUCUGUGGGAGUACUAAUAGCUUCAAAGUGCCAAGUUUACAUAGCCAUAUCAGAGUCAGGGUGGUGAGCAAGAACAUGAGCAAAAGGCUAUACAUGAUGAAGGGGAGAGUUUUGGAUGUGACUGGGCCGACGACGUGUGACAUUGUCAUGGACGAUGGGGCAGAGGUGGUGCAGGGCGUGGAACAGGAUAUGCUUGAAACAGUUCUGCCGCCAGUGAACGGGCACGCGCUCGUGCUUUGCGGCGAGCACAAGGGUGUGUACGGCCGCCUUGUUCAGAAGAAUUUCGAGGAGCGCGUCGGAGUUUUGGAGGAUGCUGAUACGAGAGACAUGAUACCCGUUGGGUUGGACAAGAUUGCAGAGUACGUUGGGGAUCCGGAGUUGAUUGGGUACUGA